GAAUGUCUCGACUAGAAAUGAGGCAGCUUUGUAAAGAGCUAGCGCUACUAGCUAUACAACCACUGGGCUGAUCCAAAUAUUUACGCUUAGAAUGCAUAUUUUAACAAUCAAACUGAGUCAAAUUACAAGGUACAAAAAUAGUUGUCAAUAAUCAUACUAAUCACAGGGGCACAUUGCGUGUCGCAUACACAUUUGCUCCAGAAAUAAUAACUUCAUCCACCAGCGGGGUGUGACAUAACGCCCGGCCAAACGGCGACAAUGCUGAGCUGUCCCGCCAGUAUCAAACCAUCGCUAUCGUAAAGCAAACAUGUUCCGACGCUUAACGCACCCGACCUCCCCGAAGCAGCAACACCAUCGUGACCGCGCGUGUGACUUCACCGUGAUGCCGCACGGCCUGUGGUUGCUCGAGCACUCUGGCCUGUGGGGUGAUCCCCGGCGUAAGCGUUCCUUCGCCCUAAUGCUGCUCGGCACGGUUCUGCUGCUGAUCGUACCGAAGAUUGUGCUCGGCACCGGGAGCGAUAGCUUCGACUCGAUCGCCCGCAGUACGGCCGAGUUCAUCUUCUGCUACAACAACUACCUCAUGAUGGCGAUCUUCGCCAUCCGGCGGCAACCGUUCGAGCAGCUGAUCGGCACCGUCCAGCUGCUGUUCGAUAAGCGUAAGUGUGACAGACUGACUGGAUGCUCCCAACACGUACAGUGA